UAUAUAUUCACCAACAUGCAUUUCCUCACUUCACCUCACCUCACCUGUCCUGUCCUGUCCUCACUGUGUGAUAGAGAGAAUCUAGUUGAAGUUGAAGUGAGAAGACAAGUUGAUAUGGAAAAACUAUUAUACUAUUACCAAAUUGUAUUGUUGAUCUUAGGCUUACUAUCCGCAACCUCGUCGGCGGUCAGGAACAUUCCAAAGGAAGUACAAACCAUAACCAAAGCCACUAAGCUCAAUACUGCCGCCAAUAAUAAUAAUAAUAAUAAUAAUGUCAUCAUCCCUAACGCCCACGCCCCGGCCCCGGCUGCCCUUCUAGAUGAUCAGAAAAACUUCAUCACCUACGGUGGCGUCGGCGGCUGGGCUGGCAUUGGGGGCUUUUCCGGUGUCAUUCCCGUGCUCGGCAUCGGCGGCGGCAUUGGCGGCGCAGGUGGCCUUGGAGGUCUUGGCGGGGCAGGCGGGCUUGGCGGCGUCGGCGGAGCAGGUGGGCUUGGAGGUCUUGGUGGCGCCGGUGGGCUUGGAGGGGCCGCCGGCGGCGUUGGCGGCGGAGGGGCUGGGGGCAUUCUGCCAUGAAUAUAUGUAGUUAACUAGUUGUGAAGCUUUGAUUAAUUACUUGAUGCAAUUUUAUGUGUUGUAUUUUAGGGUUUGUGCGUUAACUGUUGUUGUUGUUAUGCUUUUAAUUUCUGGAAUUACCUCAUCUGUGCUUUCAGGUAGAGCUAGCUAGCCAGCCUAUCUGUGCUGGAUUUGGAAGUUCUCUUGUAUUUGGUUGAACUCCUAAUUAGGGCUGUCAUUUAAUUUUCUUGGUAAUCAGUAUUAUGGAA